AUGUAUUGCAUCGCGACUAGUUUGAAAAACGCGUGCGAGGAAAAAUCUCGACAUGAUGCGUUAUUGAAACAGUUAACUAAUAACUACUUGCAAAACAAAGUGGGUUUCAGAUAUUAUUCUGUCAAAAAAAAAACAUAAUUCAUUCGAAAUUUUCAGGUAAAAUUGAUUUUGUUGAUAGUGCAUCUUCUCAAAAUGCCACAUGGGCAAGCUGCAGCCAUUAAUCGAGAAGAGUUUGCCAAAAUCUUCAGAGGUUAUGACAAAGUAGGUUGUGAGGAAACUUUCACACUAUGUUUAUUUGUGUUACAGGUUUUUGGAUACACUUUGUUUCGUUUGGUCUUCCAUCGAAAAUUAGGUAUUUUGGUUAGAAGUUUGACUAUGGAAUAUAAUAUCUACAUUCCGUCGGCAGUAAUCAAAGCAAGCAUUCCAUGCUUUAACAAAAACCCGGUUGGCGUCAAACUUCUAUUCGAAAAAAUACUAGAUGAUGCUGCUGAUAACAAGGCAAUUGACACUGAUUCUCUUCUUGGGGUUUGUUUUUGGAGUCCGAGCAAAAAAUAAGUUGUGCUAAUUUGAAAGAGCAUGUUCCAAUUAGUACAAUCCUCGAAGGAUUUUUUCUGGAAGCUUCUCAAACAUUGGUUAAAAAAUUACAAAGUUCGAAAAAACAGUGAAACACCGUGUAAAAUGGCUUGAAAGUCCAUAUCUCCAACCGUUUGGAGCUGUGUUUCUAUAAUGUUAGAGAAGCUUUCAGAAAAAAUCCUUCGAGGAUUGUACUAAUUGCAACAUGCUCUUUCAAAUUAGCACAACUUAUUUUUUGCUCGGACUCCACCUUUAAGAAUUUUAAAAUAUCGAAAUGCAACAACUUUCAGGAAUUGAUUGCAAUACCCGAAAAGAAAGCGCUACUAGAAUUGAAAGAGUUCGUUGCAAUGCUGCAGUGGCUAUUGAUUUUUUAUUAA